AUGACUACCGAUCAGGCUUACGGCGUCACGCCGCCCAUCUCGUCACAGCUCCCUACCGAUGCGGAAUUGCGGGCCACUGAUGCUCUCCUCGAGGAGCUGAAACGUCAGAAGACAUUUGAGAGUCAGGCAGACACGGCCAAGAGAGAGGAAGUUCUCGCGUCGAUUCAAAAUAUCACCAACGCGUUCAUCCGUCAAGUCGCUCAAGAGAAAGAACCCAAGAACGAUGUCCUCAUCCGCAAUGCGCGAGGCAGGGUCUUCACCUACGGCAGCUACCGACUUGGUGUUUACGGUCCAGGAUCCGAUAUCGAUACCCUCAUCGUUGCGCCCAAAUACGUCACUCGGGACGACUACUUCAAAUACUUUCCCGAUCUGCUCGUUUCAAUGGCCCCCAAAGAUGCCAUCACCGGCCUGGCCGUUGUGACGGACGCCUUUGUGCCCAUUAUCAAAUUUGAGUACUCUGGCAUAAGCAUUGACUUGAUUUUCUCUAGGAUCAUCCAGAAACAGCUCCCUCCCGAAUUCAAGGAUCUCAAGGACUCGGGCCUACUACGCGGGUUGGACGAGGCAGAGCUGCGAUCGCUCAACGGCACACGAGUGACGGACGAAAUCCUGACAUUGGUACCCGAGCAGAGCACCUUCAAGCUUGCGCUGCGCGCCAUCAAGCUCUGGGCACAACGACGCGCCGUCUACGCCAACAUCAUGGGUUUCCCCGGUGGUGUAGCUUGGGCAAUGCUCGUCGCACGUGUCUGCCAGCUCUACCCCAAAGCCACGCCAUCCGUCAUCGUCAACAAGUUCUUCCUCGUCAUAAGCCAGUGGCGCUGGCCGCAACCUGUGCUUCUCAAGCCUAUCGAGAAUGGGCCACUUCCCGUCCGAGUCUGGAACCCAAGACUAUACAAGGGAGAUUCGUUUCAUCUGAUGCCUGUCAUCACCCCGGCCUAUCCCUCCAUGUGUGCAACUUUCAAUAUCACUCGCUCCUCUAUGAGGGUCAUUAACAGAGAGCUUCAGCGAGCGCUCCAGAUAUCCGAAAGCAUCAUGGUGGGCAAGCGUCCUUGGAGUGAUCUCUUCGUCAAGCACACUUUCUUCACACAGGGUUACAAGUAUUACAUCUCUGUGAUUUCUUCGGCCAAGUCCAAGGAAGACCACAAGAUCUGGUCUGGUUACGUUGAAUCCAAGGUGCGAAUGCUUGUACAGAAGUUGGAACAACAUCCAUCCAUCGCGCUGGCCCAUGCAUUCAACAAGGGCUAUGAGCGUCAUCAUCGGUGCCAUAGCGAUAAGGAAAUCGCCGCUGUGCAAGACGGCAGCCUUGAUUACUUGUGUACAGAGAAGACCGAGGAGACGCCUGUAGCCAAAUCCGAACCAGCGGUAGCCGAACUGCCCAUCAAGCCCGAAUCUGAGGAGGACAGCAAGCCCAUCCAGUCCGAACCCGAAACGACAGAGAGUGACGGCGUCGCCAAGGUUGAAGCUGUCAAGUCUGAGCCCUCUGAUGAAGUCAAGCCUGUGGCACCCGGUGUGACUGACGUCUACACGACAACUCACUACAUCGGUCUUGAACUGAGCGGAGGUGCCAAAUCUCUUGAUCUAUCUUACCAGGUUGAGGAGUUCAAGGAGCUCUGCACCUCGUGGCAGAAGUACAAGGAUGAGCUGAAGACGACCGUGUCAAUCGGCGUGCAACACGUCCGGAACUUCAACCUGCCAGAUGACGUCUUUGACGCUGACGAGAAGAAGCCCCAAAGAAAGCCUGCGGGCGCUAAGGGCGCGGCAAACGGCAAGAAACGCGGACCUCCAGAGGAAAACCCACCUCCCGCCAAGAGACAACAGGCCUCGGUUGCGGCCGCUGGCUGA